CAAUAAAUCGGCGGUCACACUGGUCGUAUUAAAAAUAAAAAAUAUAAAGAAAUACAAAAUAUAAAGAAAAAUCACUUUCGGUGCGGUUACGGGCUACAGAAAAACCGUCGAACAUUGCCCGAAUACGGUGUGCGGAAAAAUGAAUUCAAAGUAGCAUUGAAAGUGCCGCUUUUCUCUCCCUAAACGGCCACAGUGCGCCAUCGUUGGCACUUACAACGUAUAUCGUUAAUAAUACACAACAAUAGCAGCAGGCAGCCGUAGAAAUAUGUACAAUAACGGGGCGGCGAGGGGCUUCUCCAUACACGACGCUUUCGAGGAGGAAACAGACGAGGCGAUACGCGUCUAUGGCUCCACAGUGAUAUCCACACCCAUGCGGAGCGGAAAACAAGGUCGCUCCACCGAAGAUGUAUCCAUACGCAUACAGGAUCCAAAGGGCUAUAACAAAUACGCAGAAGACACAACCUCCAGGGACAGCGAUUCGCUGAUCCAGGAAUAUGGAAAUCUGCCCACGGAGGAGACCAACACAUACUGCUGGCGGCAUCCGAAGGUGCGCGAGAACUGGCGCACAGUGCUGGCCGCCUUCACGUUGCUGAUUGUGGGCACAGGGCUCUUUGUGAUGGGCACCUUUGCCAUUGCCGAUCCGCAGAACACAUCGCAGGGUGUUGUGUUCUUUGUCGCUGGACUCAUUUGCUUUAUACCAGGAGCCUACCAUGUCGUCUACAUUUGGCUGGCAGCCAAAGGCUAUCGAGGGUUCGACUUCUAUCACCUGCCCCUGUUCACAUAAACAAAGCAGAGCAGCUGCGGCGGAGUGCAUUGGUUGAUCCAACAGCAGACAGGAGAGGAAAAGUGAGAUGAGCAGAAAGAGAGAGAGAGAGGGAGUGGGAGAUCCCUGUCUAUAAAUAUAAAUCUAUACAUUUGUUUAUAUUUUCUGUAAGCGACUCUUUAUGUUCUAUAUCGUAAAUAACCCCAAACUCGUUUUGUGUAACGUACGUUUUUUGUGUUAAGCGGCAAAAAUUUCGUUUAGACAAAGCUCCCCGAAAGAAAAACCCCUCAAAACCCGAAUCGAAAUUUAGCAAUAUAUUUAUAUAAAUGAUAUAUAUAUAUAUAUUUUACAAGAAAUUAUACUCAGUAAAAUGUUUUUGUAUGUCCCCGAAUCCCAAAAGAAAGUGCAAAACAAUUCAUACGUACCCUCGAAAUUGAUUUAAGCAAAAGAGAUAAAAAGUAGUAAACACACAAGAGAAAGACUUUGUAUAUGAUGCUAACAAGAUGAGGAAUCGCUAGAGUUAUAAAAUAUUAUAUAUAUAUAUACGUAUAAAUUGUAAUGUAAUUUAUUGAAAUUUAAUUGCACCAAAAAAAGCAAACGAUCGAUGUUUUACGACUUUCCAACAAAAGAAACUCAACCCCAAAAAACCCACGAAUCUAUGUACUAUAUGAUUAGUGAGCGUCUGCCCAGGGAUGCGCCUUAAAGAACUAGAACUAGACUUUAGUCAACGUCGAAUAACGAUUAUGAUUUAGCGGAUUGUAAGGCGAGAGAACUCUUAAGCAAAACCCCAUGAUAAUACCUAGCUACUACUCGUUCUAGUGAUCUAAGUCGAUGCCCAUGCCCCGAUAUUGCAAUACGUUCUUUUUAUGAAUAUAAUGUAGUGAUGACGCGACUUUAUUCCGCCUUUAUCCCAGACUUACCCCCUCCCACGCAUUCUUAAAUACCUUACCCGUCCUCUAAUGAAAUUACAUCUCACAGUCAUUAACAUUUUCUGAAACAGACACUGAAUCACCUCCUCACACACUUACACACCUCUCAUCCGUUUAGUUCUUAAUGUUGUAUAAUUUCUUUUUUAAGAAAUGCUGAAUAUGGUUGUAUUAAUACAAAAAGCUAAAACAAAAAAAAAAACAUAUAAAAACACAACAAAAAUAAGAAUAAAUUUAAUGAAGAAAACACACAUAAAUACGAUUUAUGGCCUAAUCUAAUACAAUACAGGAAUACUUUAUCUUUUCCAAAAUGUACACAAAAUUUUAAUGCAUGUGUUUAGUUUUGUAUAUCUGAGUAGUUUUUUGUGACUUUUGUAUGUAUACUUUCCUAUUUAAUGUUGGUUUUUAUGCAAAUUAAAUAAUAUUAUUUUUGAAAAACCUGA